AUGGUGCACCACGUGGAUGUCAACCUCCCCUGGAACCACUCCCUCUGCGCCUGCUGCCUCUCGCGCAUCCUCCACCCCGCCCCCCCCACCACCUACCAAACCUCAACCCCAAACGCCCUCCGCCUGCACCUGCAGCAGCCGGUGCAUGAGAAAAUCAAGCCGUGCCCAGCCAGCCACAACCGCCCGUCCCAGGCUAUCCUUGCAUGUUCUGCCACGGUUAGGGUGCAGGGUGUCUGGGGUACCAUGGGCCCGGGUGUGGGGUGUGGGGGGAGCGGGCGCACUGCACUUGCCGCUGCGGCUGCUCGUAGGGGUGGGGUUGGCGGUGGUGGGGGUCUUUCUAGGGUUGGCAUUUCUGCAGGCUCUCCUGCGGAACAGUUCAAGUGGAAGGCGGAUAUCGCGCCCAUGCCCGCGGCCGAGGGGAUGUUUCUUGAGUGGAUGGUAGAGCCACGUGUCGGGCUGCUGUUGGACCUGGAUGUGGUCAGAUCCCGGCUGGCAGAUAUGAUGAAAAUUCACGAUCUGGUAGCAGCAAGUGGUGGUGCUACAGCCGGUGGUGGUGCUACAGCCGGUGGUGGUGCUACAGCCGGUAGUGGUGCUCCCAAGCACUUCUGGUGGUGUUGCUGGCAGUGCAGCGCGUGUUGGACCGCCUACCGCCGCUGCCUCUCCGUCGUCGUCUUCCUCGUGCUUGUAGCGAGGCUUCCCCGUAUAGUCACACUCUGGCGCCUGCACAUGAAAUCCUUCAACGUCGCCUUUCCCGCCCUGGCGAAUCAGCUGAACGCGGGGAGGCAGAUCGGGGGGGUGGGGGGCAGGCAGGCAGAGCGGCAGGCCAGUAGGCAGGCGGGGAAGGGGGGAGGGAGGCAGGCGGGUGGGGAAGCGGAGGAGGAUUGCUUUGGAUCGAUCCUGGUGCAGGUGCUUGGGGUGAAAGGGAAGAAGGAGCUGGAAUCGGGGUUUGCUGCUCAUGUGCUGCCUCUUCUGCCCGGGGGAAGACAGGCGCACGGGGGUAUGAGAGCGGGGACGGGGAGAGGAGGGGGGGUAGGAGGAGGGAUUGGCUGGGUGGAAGGGGGGGAGGAGUGGAGGGAGGGGUUGAGAGGGGUGGAGUGGGAUGAGUAUGUGGAGCGCAUGGGGGAGAUUAUCUCCCAGGGGGGCCUGGAGGCUGAACAGUACAGGUGCAGCUGCAGGCAGUGCGGAGGAGACAACGAGGGUGUACGGGGGAGUGGGGAUGGAAGCAGCAGGCAUGAACACAGUGGCACUGCUGCUGCUGGUAGUGGUGGUGGUGCCGCCAGUGGCAUGGUCAUAACUGGCGUUGACCCGACUGACUUUGCUCUCCGGGCUGCAUUGACUCUCUGUGUGCCGCUCGCUGCUGUCUACGGCAUGCAAGCGUUUACCGGGGCAUGCAGUAACAGGUACAAGGAGCGCGUGGAGGACGCUGCUGUGGAGGCAGCCAGGCAACGGCUGGCAGAGAGGGAAGAGAGGCUGGCAGAGAGGGCAGGAGAGGGAGAGAGGGCAGCAGGGCAGAAGCCGGCAGAGAGGCACGGAGGACAGGAGAGAGGUGGGGAGAGGAACAGAGAGGAUAGCGAAAGCACAGGGACGGGAGGAGCAGCGGCAGGUGCUGCUGGCACUACUGCUAGUGCACGCGCUACUGCUGCCAGCGCCACUGCUAAUGCCCGUCUCGUGCCAGUCAUCAGUGACCCAGCAGUGGCACUCUUCACGUACCGUGCCGCCUGCCUCCUUCUAUGGGUGCGAGUGCACGGCCCCAGGCUCAACCCCCCCAGCUACUGCACCCGCACCAACCCGGAAGCCCCAGCCCUGGCGCUCCCGCACCCGGUGCACGACCUCCCGAGCCUCCUGCUCAGGUUCGGCGCCAUCCCCAAGCCUGUGGGCACGGCAGGUUCGGAAGGUUCUGCGGUGCAGGAGUUUGGUGCGGGAGGAGGGGUUCCGGGGUGGGAGGAGUUUCCAGUGGGGGACAGAGAGGCCCUGAAGGCACAUAGCAGUGGCAGUGCCCUGGGAGGGAGGGAACGAGUACAAGGCAUAGGAGGGGUGGAAGAGGGAACUGCAGGGCUUGCGAGUGGGGAGUUUUUGGGGCUGAAUACCUUUCAAACAGGCAGCUUACGGGACUCUGUGUUCGACCGAGAUGAGAUGCUGAAAGAAUUCAACGUUGGGUCAGCAAAGAGUCUGCAGGAGAGGGGGAUUGCCAUGAGCCCAGUAGAGAGCGUGCAGGAGUAUGGAGCUGCCAAGGCUCUGAGUGACAGCAGCACGCACACUCCCACGUUCCCGACUGUUGCGGACCGCGUCGAGGAGUUUCUGAAAAGGUUCUCGCCGAAGCGGCUGGCGAAGGAGGGGCGGGGCGGGCCGCUGGCACGAGCAAUCACCGACUGGGUGCUGCGCCUCCAGCUGGUGGCAGCUGCAGAGACUAGCAGCAGCGGUGUCAGCAGCAGCAGCAGCAGCAGCAGCAGCAGCAGCAGCAGCAGCAGCAGCAGCAGCAGCAGCAGCAGCAGCAGCACAAACAAGGGGGCAAAGGGAGAGAAAAUUGAUAUGAGCUGGGCGGCGCUGGCCCUGGGGGCGUAUUCCCCGGGCAAGUUAAAGCCCAUGCUGAGAUCCCCUCAAGAGGUGGAUGCGUUUCUGGAGUUCAUGGCGGCCAUGACCACCCUCACGCCCGCCUGCACCGGCUGCAGCUUGUGUCUCAACGUGUUCAACAGGGCAGUUACUCCCGCCGCUGUUGUUGCCUCGUUUGCUUUCCGCCCCUCCUCGGUGCUCCUCCGCUGCAUCUUCUCGCUCUAUCCCCAGCGCUUCACUCCGAUGAAAGAGCUGCUAGACACGCUCGGGAUCCCCCCGCUGCCGGACCUGAUCCCGAACCGCCUCAUGGCUCCUCUUCUUGAAGGCGUGCUGGAGCACAAGCGACUGCACUUCCUCUACACCGCAGCCAUCCUGCUGUCUCGGGAAGGCGUCGUACAGGACAUCAUGGAGUUGCACAGAGCAGAUGGAGUGUUCAAGCUCCAUGAAGGCGUGGAGUGCUCCUUCCCCACCUCGUCCAUUCUCCCUUUUCACGCCUCCGAACCUUCACCAUUCUCAAAGGAGACAAACGACAAGUUCCUAGCGUGGGCAGCAUCCCACGGGCUGUAUCUCUCCCCAAAAGCACGAAUCAGGCUCACACCAGACAUUCCACCAGAGCCUCUCGAAUCCGCUACAGACAGCCCCACUAUAAAGACGAAAACCACUGGCAGCACCAGCAGCAGCGGCAGUGGUGCCGGUGGUGGUGGCAAGGGUGGUAGCAAGAAGGGGGGCAAGGGUGCAAAAGGGGAGAGUGGAGGGAGUGGGGUGGUGCGUUUGGUGCGAGGGCUGGUGGCAGAGGCGGAUAUGGAGGCGGGAGACACGCUGUGCAAGAUACCAGUGAGUGCUACGACGCAGAUGUCUCUAGCCCUUUGGUUCAACACCGGUCAGGAAGCAGAUGCGGAGGGAACACGAGGAGUGGCAGGAGUGGGUGGGGCGACUUUUGAAACGUCUCAAAUCCAGGAAGGAGAUGCAGAGGGAACACGAGGAGGAUUGGCAGGAGCAGGUGGGGCGGGCGGGGCGAAGGGAGGCGGGAGCAUGAGGGAGAGGAUGAGGGAGAUGCGGCAGCGGGUGCUGCAGGGGAGGGCGGCUGCUAAGGCCGGCAUUGGCGGCGGUGGGAGGAAGCAACUGGGGUGGGACCUGGUCGCUCUGCGGAUUCUUGAAGAAAAAGCAAAGGGUGAUGCCUCCCCCUGGGCGCCCUACAUUCGCUCCCUGCCUCCCUCUGUUCCUCUGCCCAUCUUCCUCCCUCCUGAGGAGGAGGGAGAGGUGCAGUGGGCAUCGACCAUGGAGCAGGUGAAGCGGAUGAACGAGGAGAUCAGAGAGACAUACCACAAGCACCGUGAUUCCACGCAUCCCACCCUUUCCUUUGAUGAGUACAGUGAGUGGCAUUCCAUUAAAUUUAUGAAUCGGGUGCUUGUCAGCCGGGCUUUCACUCUGCCAGUCAGGCCGGGGGGCAAGUUUGAGCAGUUUGUGAUGAUGCCGUUCAUGGAUGCCAUCAACCAUCAUUACAACAACCACGUGAGGGGUGCUGGAGAUCUGGCUAAUACGACUCUUGAGGCUCAUCAAAAGUCGCUCCCCGCCCUCUGCCCCUUCCCUCCCUUGCAGAUGGACUGGAUGGCAAAGCCUGUCUCAUCUGAGGGGGUGUUGGAGAUCCGGCUAAAGCGGGCUGCCAAGAAGGGAGAGCAGCUCUUCACCUCCUUCGGCCCUCGCAGCAACGAGAACCUCUUUCUCUACUAUGGUUUCAUUCUGGACGGCAAUCCCUUUGACAGCCUCGCUCUCUUCCCCUCCUUUGAGGACUCGGUUUCAUUCUGGACGGCAAUCCCUUUGACAGCCUCGCUCUCUUCCCCUCCUUUGAGGACUCGGUGCGCUGGUUUCAUUCUGGACGGCAAUCCCUUUGACAGCCUCGCUCUCUUCCCUUCCUUCGAAGACUCGGUGCGCUGGCUGCUCGACCGCGUCUACACGGACUGCCGCUCCGACUCCCUCCAGCGCCACAUGACCGUCGCAGCCAUCGCCGGCGCCUCCUCCUCCGCCGCCUCCUCCGCCGUCGCCUCUGCCGCUGUCUCUUCCUGCUCCCGCAUCUCCUUCACUCAGGCGUGGAAGCAUGCCCGUGCGGCCCUUGAUCGGCCCUCGUCGCACGAUGCUUCUCGGGGGUUUGAGCAGGACAGGAACCUCUGGUGGGAUUUAAUGAACAGCUGGGCUUCGUUUGGGUAUGAGAUCCUGCCGUACCGGGCAGGUCCGGAUGUUCGUCCGGCCGGGAGGGUUGAUCCGAGCCUGCUCGCCGCGCUUGCCGCGGCGGCUCGGUUUGCAGCUUCGGCGCCGAACCGGACGCUGCCUGCUGGUGCGUUUCCGAGGUGCCCACCUGGUUGGCGGAAAGAUGGGAAGAGUGGAGGCGGUUGGGGGAGGGUGGGUGGUGGGGGUGAGGGGAAAGGAGGUUUGCUCUGGCCUAGAUGUUGCCGAACCAAGGCAUGGAGGAUAGCUUGCCGGAGUGAUGGGGUUGGGGGGAAAGGGUCAACCGAGUCAACUGAGUCAACAGGGAAUGAGGUGGAUGAUGAAUUGGGGGAUGAUGGGGAGGUGCAGACAGGAGGGAGCUCAGGCAGAUCUGCAGGGUCAACGGACGGUGAGGAUGUAGCAAAAGCAGCAUUAAGAGCUGCCAAGGCAGCAGAGGACGAGGCUGCAGUGGCUGCAGCGGAGUAUGUGAAGCUGCUUAUAGUGAGGCGGUGCCGCGAGCUGAUGAUCGGCAUGGCCACGCCGGCGCACUACGAUUGGUGGCUACUGCAGGAUGUGGAUCGUGUGGGAGGGAAGCUUCUGGGAAGCGACGGAGGGGUGGAUGGGACAGGAGCGAAAAGAAUUGGUAGCGGUGGUAUGGGAAGCAGCAGCAGCAGUGCUGCUGGCGGUGGUGGUGGUGGUCGCAGUGGUAGUGCUGCCAGUGGUGCUGAUGGUGGGAGCAGCAGUAGCAGUGGGGGUGACGGUGCUGGGGUUGGAGGGGAGUUAGAGAGGGAGGGUGAGAUGCAGUGCAAGUUCAGGGGGCAGGUGUUGUCGCCGCAACGGUUGCUUGCUGUCAAGUAUCGGCUCAGUAGAAAGGAGAUGCUGCUGGCUGUUAUACGACGGCUGGAAGCUGGACUGUAG